AUGUCGGGUGUUACGUUUAGCUUUGGAAGUGCUGCUUGGGAUGUUACCGAGUCUAGCAUUAAGCUUUUUAACGAGUCCCUUAAGGGAGCGAAAGAAACGAAGGUGCAAGGGGGUUUGGAGUUUCCAUUAGUACUUGAGUACAUGAAAACUGCGUUUGCGACCUUGAGUUUGGAGAAUCCAACUUUUAUCGCUGACCAAUUCUUUGAGGCCGAUAGCUCUAAUCAAGCCCCAUACUUUUUGGGAGUCUUGAUUCAAGCUGCCUUAAGGGUGAAGUUAGAUGAAAAGCUCUUCAAACGGGUUAUGCACAAGCAACCCAACGGGGUGCUUGCGUGGUAUGCUUUCGCCAAGAAGUACAAGCUGAUUGAUUAUGAGUCUCAAGUCCAGGUCUUGCAUAACUUUGGUUAUGCCCUUACCAAAGGUAAUAGCGAAUUAAUGGAGAGAGCUACUACCGCGUUUGCGUAUUACUUUGACGUCCCGAAGAAGUUGAUUCCGCUUGCCGCAUGUGCCAUCAUGGAUGAUGGUACUAGGCAAAAGUUCUUCGAUAAAACUGGAUACAAUGAUCCAGAAGCCGGUUUUGAAAACUUAUCUUUUGACGAAGUGGCCGGAUUUUUCGAAGAAAUGAGUCAAAAGUAUAGUCGCAUUGAAGAAGAGAACCUGAUGGAACUCGCCCAAAAUGUGGUGCACCAACGUGGGUCCAGUGGGAGAAAGAACUGGACUUGCUGGAACUGUGGUAAGAAGGGACAUAUCGCUAGGGAUUGUCCUAACCACAAGCCAGGGCUCUCUAAGUUUUACGAGAGAAAACCGGAUGCUAGAGCGUUCUAUCUGCAAACGGUGUUUGAUGCUGAAGAGAACCACUCUUCAGAGGAGGCUUGGUUGGUUGAAACCAAGCCUGGUCCUGGAACUGGUAUAUCCAGUGUUAAACCUAACUAUGGUCGCAAGAAAGCGUUUUCUACUGUAGGUGCGUGUAAAACAGAUGCCGCAGUGAGAUUUACGUUGGAUAGUGGGUCCGCCUGUCAUCUUGCAAAUAUGAAGAUAAAGUUGGCCAAUGUCCGUCGCGAUGAUACCAAGGUGUUAGGUGCCAACGGUUUAAGUACCGUGAAACAACAAGGUGAUUUGUUGUCUCAAAAAUUGUCCGUUAACGGUAUCAAGUUAAUGGAUGGCUUGCCACGGAAUCUACUUUCAAUCCCGAAGAUUGUGGAUAGUGGAUUCGACGUGUUGCUUAGCAAGCAUAAUGGUUCUAUUGCCAACCGUAAAAAUGGUAAUGUUGUUUUGAACUUUCCAAGAGUUGGACCGUUCUGGGAAUUGAGCGUUAAAGCUGAUUCCGCCGAAGAGAUGGCCUUUAAUGUCGAAAGUUACGAGGGCUUAAAGGCUAUCAAAGAAGUGCAUGAAAGUAAUAAUCAUGCGAAGUUGAGAACCAAGAAAGAGUUAUUGAAAGGCCAUGGUGUUUUAGAAGCUGAUAUUAAGUAUGUUUUGACCAGUUGUGAAACGUGUAUGUCCAAAGUCACCAAGCCGGGCGGUAAACCAGCUGUGCGAAAACAGAGCCUCUAA